UUCCAAUUUUUCUUCUGCCCCCACCCCCAGAUUGUGGGGACAGUACAAUCAAAACCAACCCUAGUCCAGGAAACUCUCCCUUCUCUCUUCCAAAUCUUUCAACUACUCUUUUCAAUAUUGUUAUUACUGGUUUCUCUUUCUUGUCUCUCUUGUUUUUAGCAUUUUUUUUAAUAAAGAAGUUGGGUUUUUUUUAGAGUAAAAAUGGAGGUGAAUAGUUUCAGCUCUGAUUUAGCUGUUUUUGGGAAAAUAGUGAUGAACUCUGUUCUUGAAGCUGUUGUUGCUGAGACCCUUUUGAUUGCUCAAAGAUCUGUUGCUUCUCUGCCCUUAAUGGCAGGAUGUUUGCUGAAGGAUGGUGCUCCGUUGCCAGAGUUGGUAAGCCCUGCUCCAUUGUCAGAGUUCGAAAGCAUUGCUCCAUUGUCAGAGUUUGUAAGCAUUGAAAAAAGGUUUCCCUUUGAGGCACUUCUUAAUCAAAAGAACAAAGCUUGUCCUGAGAACAAAGAUGGCAGUGAUACGGAGGAUGAUGAUGAAGACGACGGUGGAGAUGCUGAGGAACAGGAUGACGACGAUGAUGCAAACGAUGAAGAUUUCUCCGGUGAAGAAGGGGAAGAUGAUGACGAUGAAGGAGAAGAUCCCGAGGAGGAUCCUGCUGCGAAUGGAAACGGAGGGAGUGAUGAUGACGAGGAUGAUGACGAUGAUGGUGAUGACAAUGAUGAUGACGAAGAAGAAGAGGAAGAAGACGAUGAGGAAGAGGAGGAUCAACCACCUGCUAAGAAGAGAAAGUGAAGUGUUUGUUAGAUGUUUAUAUUCUGCUUCUCUAUCAAUGGUUGAGAUUAUGUAGUGGAAAGAGGAGGGAGAUUUAGCUUUUCUGUCUCUUGACAGUGUAGGAAAUUAACCAUCCUGGUUCAGAACAAAAAGAGCUGCUUUUAUCAUGUGGAUUGUUACUUAUGCUUCCCCUUUUAUCAGCCGGUUAUGUCGAUCGAUUAUUCUAAA